AUGGUCGCCGCUGGCGUUCGCCACGAACGACAAACGGCGAGCAGCAUGAAGAAGAUCAACCUGGUGGACGUGAUGAAGAUUGAGACGGCAGGCGAGCGGGACGAGCAGGUGCUGCUGCACACCAAGUCGCGCGUGUGGCAGCUGCUGGUUGAUGGCGAGGCAGACCAGUUCGCGUCCACCGUGCAGCGCAACGCCAAGAUGUACCUGCAAAAGCACAUUCCAGUGCAGCGAGUUACAGGAGAGGAGAUCCUUAUAGUCACCAACGCAAGGGCUGAGUCGCUGCGUGCGUCCCCUGUGCUGUACGAGUUCUCAGUGAUGAAGAACAACGACCCUGCGAGUGGCAUGCAGAGGGAGAGGACGCUCGUGCUGACCAAGGAGUUCAUGGCGGAGAUGACUGGCAGCCAUGUGAUUGCGCUGCACAGUCUGAGCGACAUCCUAGGGCUGGUGGUAUCGGACAAGAACGAGAGCGAGGUGAUAGUGGAGCUGAGUGGGUGGCGGGCGACGCAGUACUUUGUGGCGGACAGGGAGGCGCUCGUGGGCAGCCUGGCGGAGGUCGCCAGCCACGCCAAGGCCCGCAACUUCUCCGUCCGCCUCGAGCCCUUCGCCCACCACACACUGCCCGAGAAGCCUUUGCCUCUUUACCAGAACGAGUAUGAGAUCUACCUGAUAGCGCGCUUCAUGACGGUGUUCCUGGCGCACCGGGAGAAUCUCUCAGAGCUGACGCAGGCGGACGUGGUGGCGCAGUGGCUGCCCAUGGUGAAGGAGUACGCCUGCAACAUGCACCCCGGCGACUCCCUCUGCAUCGACGCGCGCCCCAUGCUCGCUGUUGCUGAGAUGCUCCGAGCCAGCCUGGACUUAAAGCCAGGCCUGGGAGCAUCGUACGCGGUGACGUGCUGCUCAGUGGUGCAGCGCCUGCUGGGCACCCGAGGCGUGUUUGAAUCCGUAAAGUCCAACCCCGACUUCAUCAGCAUCCUCAUCAAGGCCUUGAAGCACCCAUCGUCCGUGGUGGCGUUUGCAGCAGCCAACACCAUCCGUGCAGCCAUAAAGCACUACUCAGCCGACUCACCUGCCCCUGACUCCCCUGCUGCUGCCAGAGCCUCGUCCGCUUCCUCCUUCCUCAUGCAAGCCUGGCCCGCCCAUGCAGAGGCGGCCAACAAGCACGUGGUGCUGAGUGGCGACAACCUGCAGGUGCUGGUGGCACGGCUGCAGACAGAUGCGCUCGUGCACCAGAAUGCACUGCAGGUGCAAGGCAUUCUGGAGAUCCUCACUCUGGCACUGAACCUGCCGCCAUCAUCUGAUGCCGAGGCAGAGAAGCACUGGAUGGAGACCCUAGAGAGCUCUCUACUCGUGGCUGCUGACGUCAUCAGUGCUAUUUCCCGAAGCCGCAGCAAUAUUAUGUACUGCAGCAACGCGCUGCUGAUCAAGACAAUCUUCACGCGCUGCUCUCCUGUAUUCAUCACUCGCUUUAGGGCUGUGAUUCUAUCCCGUGCAGUGGUGCUGCUGCUGCUGAAGAACGCGCUGUUCAACAAGCUGGAGAGGGCGAGGGACAUCAGUGCAGAGCUGCUGUUCCUCAUUGCUGAGAGCGACGCCAAAACACAGCAGCUGCUGGCAAAUCUGCUGCCCAAGGGUUUCUUCUUUGUGCUCAAGGACAAGACAGAAGCGGCAAGAAAGGCCGAGAUCGAGCUUUAUGUGAACGCUUUUGAUGGAAGUCGCCAUCUCCAACCCAACAGGAGGCAGCCAAGGCAGCAGCAGCAGGUGGUGCGAGCUCCACCUGAUCUUAUAAACUUCCAUGUUGUAUUGCAUGUUACAUCCAAUGAAGGACCAUUCGGUACUGCCAGCUCAAUCCUAGUGUCAAAUGUUUGGGAUUGCCAUUUUGCCCCAACCCAACAGGAGGCAGCCAAAGCCGCAGCAGCAGGCGGUGCAAGCGCCACCCUAGCAUCCGGGCUCAAAGUCGCAGCAGCAGCAGCAGCGGCAGCAGCAGCAGCCGCAGCCAGCACAAACACAGGCUCAACCCCUGGCAGUGGGGCUGCUGGGGGGGAAGGCAGUGGGGGAGCGGUGGGGAUGGGGGUUGGGAGUGGGGGAUUGGGGAGUGUGGUGGCGCUGGGGGUGUGGAAGGAGGCGCUGGAGAUGCUGAGGAGGAGGAGCAUCACGACGCCUGUGCUGGUGUGGAACGAUGCUAAGAGACACGAGCUGCACACGUACCUCAAGGAGCAAGUGGAGGCGUUUGAUGCGGCCCUGGGGCGGACGGGAGGCGGCAAGGAUAUUCACUUUAACACGGAUGACUGCGAGUGCUGCUACUCCCCUGCCAGUAACGAUAAUGACGUGUGCAAGACCAUAGUGGAGGGGGUUCACCUGGAGGUCCUCCUACAGCCCUCAGACGACUCCUCCCCUGCACUAGCGGCGCACUGGAAGCUGGACGACCCAGCUGCGCUCUUCACGGCCACGCUGCAGGCGCUGCUGCUGUGCUUCACACCGCUCUACGGCACGUGCGAGCUGCCCGAGAUCGAGCCGCGGCUGGCGGUGGACGCCCUCACAUGGAUUUACGAGCGGCACGAGGGGGAGAUUCGUGGCGUGGUGGAGAAUCUGCAUGUCGUGGAGCUCUUUGUGGCGAUGCUGCGGGAAGCGAUAGACAAUGACCAUGUGGUGUUCGCCUUCAAAUCGCUGCUGCUGCUGCGCAUCAUUCUCGAGAGGGCUGGUCGCCCUGCUGUCUCACGUUUUGUGAAGGCGGGAGGCAUGUCCAUCAUCCUGCCCCUCAUGGUCAACUCGCUUGCUAAGUGCUGCAAGGAUGAGACUCUCUUCGAGUGCGAUGCACCAAGUGUGAAGGACCGGGGGGCGAUUGAGGUGGUGCCAGUGGUGGGUGCGGACGGCGAGGUGCGGAUGGCGCGCGUGCCGUCCGGGCGGCAAGCAAAGGAGGGCGGCGCAAGCACUGUUCAUCAUGGGGGGAGCGUAGAGGCGAGGGAUGCGAUCAAGUGGCAGGAUGAGAGCGUGCCGGAGAAGCUGCAGCUGGGCAUGGCGCUAGAGCUGCUGGAAACUGUGUUAGAUGUCAUUGAGGUGCCAGGAGGCUUGGAGAGGUACCCCCCGCCCCUGCCUCUGGAGGACCUGGCUCGGCCGGAGCUGCUGUGCAGCCUCGUGCAGCUGCUGCUGCGGGCGAAAUCCCCACCUUCAGGAGAGGCCGUCCCCUCCAUAACAUUGAAAGUAUUGUCCUCCACCCACCUCUGGUACCAGGAUUCUCGAGGUGCUCUCCAUCCUGUGCCGCGGCAACAAGCAGGCGGCCAGAUUCUCGAGGUGCUCUCCAUCCUGUGCCGCGGCAACAAGCAGGCGGCCAGUGAGCUGCACCGCUACGGGUGCUUCCCGAUGCUGCUGUGGAAGGUGGUGGCGGGGGACAUCAGCCACGACGAUCGCACCCGCAUCCUCAAGUUCCUCGCCCGAACGCACCUGUUGCAGGACCCAUCAGCUUUAGAGCAUGCGCCAGUGAAGGGGUUGGUGGUGGUGGAGCAUCUGCCGUGGCAUGAGAGUAUUCUGCGGCUGUACCUGCCAGCUGGGCUCGUCUCCAAGCUCAUUCAGGAGGGCGCGGAGCUAUUCCUGUCGAAUCUCGACACGGAGGACAUAGACACGCCUGAGAUUGUGUGGAACGAGGACAUGAAGGAGCGCCUGAGAAGCUUCCUGGAAGCAGACCUGCAGCCGUACGUGCAGGCGCGGGCAGGGGACCCCCACGCGGUCUAUGUGUACGAGCCCAAGCCGCCACUCGUCUAUCCUGAGCUCGCAGGCACCAUCUUCGUGGCACCGGUGUAUCUGCACAACGUGCUGGACGCUGAGAGGUUCCCGGCGCACCAAGCGUUUGACUCCACGUCCUUCCACCACAGCGUGCUCAGAGAGUACGAGCGCAUUCUGCAGGCCACGUCAGCAGGGGGCGGUGGUGCAGUGACGUGGCGCCAAGAAGCCCCCCGCCUUGUGCUGCUGCUCAAGGCUCAGGCGGUGAUUCUGGACCGCUAUCCACAGAUCCCACUGGGUGCAGAGGCAGAGAGCGUGGUGAUCGACAUGGCCACCCCAGCGCUGCGCGUGUGCAUCGCUCAGAGGGACGACUGUCCGCCUCAGAUGGCCGACAUUCUGCAACAUGCUGCUAAGAUCCUCAGAGGGAUUGCGGCUACCAGAGACAAGGACGCGGACGUGUCUCAGCCGUCCAUCAACUUUGCCCUCAGCGUGCUGUCCUGUGGCGCGCGUGUGAAGUCGGAUGGGAGCUUCCCCGACUCCCCUGCCAAGUCCCCCCUCGAGCCCGCCCUCUCCUGCGCCCUCUCCAUCCUUGAGCUUGCCGCCUCCUCCAAGGAAGGGCGCAAGCAGCUGAGGGACGACGUGCGGUGGCGCAAGGGCUUCUGGUGGGCGCUGUGCUCCGCUGCAGGGGAGAGCAGCCGGGGCAGCGCAGAUGGCGUGCCGUGCUCGCUGGCCUUUGCUGCUCUUGACUGCCUCAAUCACUUUGCUGGGGACCGGGAUAUGUGCUACCGGCUGAUCAACCAGGCUCUUCAUCUGCCUCUGCUGCUCCUCGCCGUUCCAUCAGAGUCAACCCUUGAGGAUGAGCGGCGCCGCAAUGAAACAGGUCAGGAACCCAACUUCAGAGCGAAAGCAUUACAGCAGGUGGCAGCUGAAGUUCUCCGCACCCUCGCAAUCACCCUCGAGCAAGCCCUCCCGCCUGACGGCGAGCCGAGCCCCCGAGGCUCGCUGCUGCACAUGCAGCAGCAGGAGCAGCAGCAGCAGGAGCAGGAGCAGGGCGGCCUGCUUUCAUACGUCAUCCCCUGGGGGCUGCUAGACGCGCUCAAGAAUCCUGAUGCUGGGGCGGCGAAGCUUGUCGCGUUGGUGGGAGCGGACGGCGAGAUGCCGACCGCGAUCUGGAACGCGGCGGUGAGGGAGGAGCUGAGGGGGAAAGUGGAGGCGCGAAUUAAGAGGUUCAAUCUGGCGCAGGCUGGAGGGGGAGGAGCGGGGGGAGGAGCGGAGGAGGACGACGAGGUGGCGUGGCUGCGCUCUUUCAGGUACGAUUGCCUCAAGGAUGAAAUGGUCAUUUCAGGCAUCUUCGUCCGCGGGUACGCCGCUGGCAGCUGGGAAAACUUUGACCUGCCCGACGGCCGUGCGUUUCUCAUGGCUCUUCAGGACUACCUUCGCUGCUCCCUGCCCAUCAUCUCCUCCCAAUCCUCCUCCUCUUCUUCCAACCUCAUCACUCCUCCAUCUCCUAGCAGCAUCGUCACCACUUCAGCAGCUGCCUUUGCCUCACAGCCUCCCACUAUCGCCGGGUUCCUAAUGGUUCUUAAAGCCCUGGCGGAGUGUAUUAGGUACGCGGUAGAGGACGGGAAGAGGGGCAUGUUGGCUCACAUAGACUAUCUCCUUCUUGCGGAAAUUUUGGCGGCUGCCCCGGAUACGCUUCCAACUGCCCGGCGGCUGGUCGUGGGCAUCGCACAGAUUGUUUCAGGUGCCCCUACGAGCCGAGAGCAGCUGCUGGGGUCGUCUUUGCUGCCUGUUUUGGCAAGGCAGCUAUGGAGAUCAGUCACCAUACCAGGAACGGGAGUGGAAGAGGGUGUGGCGGCACCAGAAGGGGAGGAGGAUUUUAGAGCAGGGUUGAGUGAACUGGCGCUGGCGAUUCUCGAUGCUGUUUUGGAUCUGAGUGUGGAAAUGGCAGCGGUUGUAGCGGUUACCAACCAUUUUAGUUCCAGCAGUCUGCUUCUCGUGCUGCUCGCGCUCUUCCUCCGGGUCCCGCUGCCGCCGUUCAAGGGCACCUCGAAAAAAGCAGCCGCGCAGGCGUGGAGCGAGGCAGAGGAGGCAGGAGUGCUGGACACGGCACAGUUUCGAGCUGCCCAGAUUCUCGGGCAGCUGCUGCUGGCGGCCUGUGGAGUGCAGGACCGGGCGAAAUUUAUCGCGGGGAUUGAGGAGGAGGGGGUAGAGUCAGCAACAGCAUUGGGUGACGGUGCGAACGGGAUUGAUAACCUAUCUGUGGAUGAGGAGGUGUUUUCCGACCCUCAUGGGGACGUUCGGGACAUCCACAAUCUGAUUUCGCUCCUGGAGCCAGGUGCGGCACCAGCUGUACCUCUCAUCUCGGUUCGGGUGCUGUACUUGCUGCUGCCGAUGCGAAUCCUCUCGCUCCUCAUGUCCGAUCCUGAGGGGGCCUGCCGGGCUAUUGGUUCCCCGAGCUGCACCCCGCUGCUUGUGUGGAACGAUGCUUCAGCGAGAAGGGCGAGAGAUGCAAUCAAGAGGGAGGCAGAGGAGGUGCUGAGGAGGCACGAAGGGGAGGUGAGUGAGGGGAAGCAGCAGCUGGGGCUGCCUAUGUGGGAUCUAGAAGCUGGGGAGGAGAUGGACGGUGGCAGUGCGGGGAGGGGCAGGGAGGAAGCAGCUGCGUUCCGACCCUUCUUCCUGCAGUACGUGCGAGAGAGCAUCGAGUUGGCAAAGGAUGAAGGGGAGGGAGCGACAGGAGGAGCCGAGGCGGCGGAAACGCUGUUUUCGGAGCAGGAAAAGGCGGGGUACGUUCCGGAAAUGUACAUUGGUGGGUGCUAUGUGGACCAGUUAUUGCGCCAGCCGAGAUUUGAUCUCGGGAAGCGAGUGGAGCUGCAACUGGUGAGGGAAAUUCGGAAGGCUAUAGUCACUGCUGCACCAAACGAAGGCAAGAGAUAUGAGGAGUUUACCACAGCGGAUCGUAGAAGGCUCCUUCUGGCCCUGCUCGCCCUUUUCCAGAGCCGCCCGCACCUGCUGACCAUCACCAACACGGACAUUUUCCUGCCCGUGACGGACUUUUUCACGUCGGGCAGCGGCGAGGAGCGGCGUGCGCUGCUGCAAGCGGGCGUGUUACUGUUCCUGCGCAUGGUUACGUCGAAUGAUGUGGCGGAUUUCGUCUCUUCUGAAGAGCUCAUUUCGCUUCUCUCGAAGCUGCUGUUGCUGGAGGUACCGGCUGGGAGACAGGGGCAAGCUGCUACAGAUCCAAGGGUUUGCGCUCUGAUGCUCAUGCAGAAGCUGUUCAGACUUUCCUCAAAGGCUGUUGAGUUGGGGUUGCAGCAUCAGGUGGUUGAUCGGCUGGCGUCUCUUGUACUCGAUACAGAGAACUCCAUUAUUGUGCGUGCGCGCGCUGCUGCUGUGCUGGGCGCUAUGGCUGGAGAGAGGCGGCUGGGGCCUGAGAUUACAAGGCAGGCGGAGAGGAUUUUACCGGAGAGUUACAAGAAUCAUAUCGCUUGGAAGGUUGGGUUCUUGAAGCAAGGGGCAGAAGAGAUCGGGCAGAAAAGCGUGCCGACACUUUCAGAGGAGAUUGAGGUUAAAACCAUGCGGCACUUACUUAAGUACCCGCUACCUUGUGCAUGGUGGACAACGGAUAUUCCUGAGGACGGGGGGAUGGAAGGAGGAGGGGAUGGGGGUGGUGGGGAAGGGGAGGAUGUGAACAGCGGUCCGACAGCUGUUGUGGAAGCUGCCUUGAUGUUUCCUGCUGCCAGGCUGGAUGCAUGGAAUGAUGAGGUGGACGGGGCUUUAAGGCAUGGGUUGGCAGCAGCUGCUCUCACCAACACACGGAAUGUGAGGAUUCUGAGGAAGAAGCUGGCUGGGGCGAAGGGGGUGCUGGUGGAGGUAGAACUGCAGUUCCAACCUCCCCCAGGUGCUGCCGCGAGAGCCAAGAAGGGGGAGACUGCAAGGACGUCGGUGGAUGAUCCGACGAAAGCCGCCCGGACGUUCAAGCAGAGGUUGGAGACUCAGCUGGGGGUAUGCUUGCUCCAGAGGUGUUUGAGUCGAUGGGUCAUCCGGCUGUUCGCUCCUCGACGGUUAGAAGCUGGGGCCGAUGAUCUGGUGGUUGUGCUGUUGUUAUGCAUCUCGAAUUUCAUCAUGUGUCGAUGGGUAACCCGGCUGUUCGCUCCUCAACGGUUAGAAGCUGGGGCCGAUGAUCCGAUGGUGGUGAUUGUGUUAUCGGUACACUUUACAAGAAGGCUUCAUAUGGGUUUACCAGAGGUUGGAGAAGUAAAAUGGGGGAGUAUAUAA